UCUCCGGCUACCGCUGUAAGCACGUUAGUAGUGAAUGAGCGUCGGUGUUUGGCUUGGUUUGACAAGUUUCCCAGGAUGAUGAUGGGGCUAGUAGUGAGCAGUUAGUUGACACAAAAGUUUAAAAAAAAUAAGAAAAGUUGCAGCUCGCGUUGCGCAUGUGACGAAAGGACAGGGAUCUUGGUCCUUUUGUCAAAUGUAAGGACUCAGAAGUUUCCGAUUUCUCCGACAGUCAGUCAAGUCUACACUGGAAAGCCCAGACACGACAGUAAAGAUGAACAGCCUGUCUUUUGACGAUCAUUCGUUGGAUAAUCUGGAUCCAACACUGUCGCUUAACGACCCCAGUGAUAUUGAUACGGCCCUCCUAAGCGACAUUGAUGACAUGCUCCAGCUCAUCAACAACCAGGACAUGGAGUUUGGAGGACUCUUUGAUGCCCCUCCAUACACCACGGCUCCUCCCAUGCAAGAGAUUCAUGGUUUGACUCAGACCAUCACCUCAGCCUCUCCCCCAACCACCACUACCACACCUCCAUCUUCAUCUUCCAUCCUAAGCAGUAACCCCCAUCUGGAUGCACUGCUGGGCCCUCCUAUUACUCGUAGCUCGUCCACCCCAGACAAAGCCUUCCAGCCUCCCACCUUCCAGCAGUCUCCCCUGGCCCAGGUACCCAGCUCCACCCAGAGGCAGCAGCCGUCCUCCCCACAACAAGCUCAAAGCAUCAGACAGACCCAAGUGGAGCAACCCCAACCAGUUCUCAGCCCGUCUGCUCCUUCCCAGGCAGCUUCACCUAAUGGCUCCCCAGGACCAAACCCAGCAUUCAGCUCAACGCCUCAGGCGCUCUUCACCUCUCCUGCACCCCAGACUCCACCACAGACACAGACACAGCCUCAGGCCCGCACCAACUACAGCAGCCCAAACAGCUACACAGCUGGCAGUCCCAGCAGUGUGAGCACUCCUGCCACCAGUUUGUCAUCCUCACCGCCGAGCAUUCAGCCAGUGGCCAUUCAGGCUCAGCUCCAAGGGCUGACAACUGCAUCUCCUCUCCUGACCACGUCAACAAGCCCUCCAGUUCAAACUGUCGCAGCCCACGUACAGCAAGUACCCGUGUUGCUUCAGCCCCAGUUCAUCAAGGCCGAGAGUCUACUGCUGACCACUUUGAAGCCCGACCCCUGCAUGGUCACUACUGUAGCUUCUCCCACGUCCCUGGCCACCACCACCCCAGCACAGAGCACUUCGCUGCAGGCAUUCAUGGGUGGUGGUACUUUCCUGACUACAGUGCCUGUCAUGGUGGAUGCUGAAAAGCUUCCCAUCAACCGCAUCGCUAUCAGUGGUAAGCCGGUUGGCCAGCCACACAAAGGGGAGAAGCGCACGGCCCACAACGCUAUUGAGAAGCGGUACCGCUCCUCCAUCAAUGACAAAAUCAUGGAGCUGAAAGACUUGGUGGCGGGCACUGAUGCUAAGCUCAAUAAAUCUGCAGUACUGAGAAAAGCCAUCGAUUACAUCCGUUACCUGCAGCAGACUAACCAGAAGCUCAAACAAGAGAACAUGGCUCUUAAAAUGGCAGCCCAGAAAAACAAGUCUCUUAAGGACCUGGUUGCCAUGGAGGUGGAUGGACAGGCUGAUGUGAAGAGCGAGCUGCCCACCCCGCCAGCCUCUGACGUGGGUUCCCCAACGUCCUUCUCUCACUGUGGCAGUGACUCAGAACCUGACAGUCCAAUGGGAGAGGACACAAAGCCAAAUAUAGGCACGCCGGACCAGUCGACAGCAGGUGGCAGUGCCGUUGGCAUGUUGGACCGUUCCCGUAUGGCGUUGUGCACCUUUACCUUUCUCUUCCUCUCACUCAACCCUUUGGCUGCUCUGUUCUGUUCAUCGGGUAGCAGCUCAUCUGGAAAUACUGAAGCUGUAAGCACCCAUCACGCGGGCAGGACCGUCCUGGGUGUGGAUGUCGCAGGUGACUCGUGGGGCUGGAUGGAUUGGAUGCUCCCGACUAUACUGGUGUGGCUACUGAAUGGUAUUCUGGUAUCAGGAGUUCUAAUACGCCUGUUGGUGUAUGGAGAACCUGUAACCAGACCACAUUCUGGAUCAUCCGUCUUGUUCUGGAGGCAUCGCAAACAGGCCGACCUGGACCUGGCAAGAAAACUGAAUAAUCACAAAUGUGUCCUUCUGGAUUCUCUCGUGUGUCAGCCAAAUAUAGGCACGCCGGACCAGUCGACAGCAGGUGGCAGUGCCGUUGGCAUGUUGGACCGUUCCCGUAUGGCGUUGUGCACCUUUACCUUUCUCUUCCUCUCACUCAACCCUUUGGCUGCUCUGUUCUGUUCAUCGGGUAGCAGCUCAUCUGGAAAUACUGAAGCUGUAAGCACCCAUCACGCGGGCAGGACCGUCCUGGGUGUGGAUGUCGCAGGUGACUCGUGGGGCUGGAUGGAUUGGAUGCUCCCGACUAUACUGGUGUGGCUACUGAAUGGUAUUCUGGUAUCAGGAGUUCUAAUACGCCUGUUGGUGUAUGGAGAACCUGUAACCAGACCACAUUCUGGAUCAUCCGUCUUGUUCUGGAGGCAUCGCAAACAGGCCGACCUGGACCUGGCAAGAGGAGAUUUUGCCCAAGCCAGUCACAACCUGUGGACUUGUCUGAAGGCUCUCGGUCGCCCCUUACCCACCUCCCAGUUGGACUUGGCCUGCGCAGCACUCUGGUCUUUGCUGAGAUUCUGCCUCCAGCGUCUAUGGGUUGGCCGCUGGCUGGCUGCCAGGGCAGGAGGGCUGCGAUCUGAUCGCCCCCUGCAGGAGGAUGCCUGCAAAAGCAGCCGUGAUGCCGCCCUGGUUUACCACCGCUUGCACCAGCUUCACAUGACAGGUAAACUGAAUGGCAGCCACCUCUCAGCAGUGCACAUGUCUUUAAGUGCAGUGAACCUUGCAGAGUGUUCUGGCUCAUGCCUGCCUGUGGCCUCGCUGGCUGAGAUCUAUGUUUCUGCGGCUCUACGAGUCAAAGCCAGUUUGCCGAGGGUUCUGCAUUUCACCUCUCGUGUGUUCCUGAGCAGUGCUCGUCAAGCAUGCCUAUCUUCCAGCGGCAGUGUCCCCCCAGCCAUGCAGUGGCUUUGUCACCCACUAGGUCACCGCUUCUUCGUGGAUGGGGACUGGGCUAUUCGCAGCACCCCUAAAGAAAGCAUCUACAGCCAAGCUGGCAACACUGUGGAUCCUCUGGCUCAGGUGACUCAGGCAUUUAGAGAACACCUCCUGGAAAAGGCUCUGUACUGUGUGGCCCAGCCUCGUGGAGAGAAAAAUACAAGUCCGGGAGACGGGUAUCCAGGCUGUGACCCUCAUUCUAAGUGGUGGUCCUCAAUCACUGUGGUGAUCAUCAACUGGCUCCAAGGAGAUGAUGCCGCAGCAGAGAGACUGUAUCCGACUGUUGAGCACCUGCCCCGCAGUCUGCAGAACGCAGAGAGUCUUCUGCCCAAAGCCUGUCUGAACACAUUCAGAGCAGUGCGAGCUCUGCUGUCCAAGCCAGAAAACUGCCAAUUGAGUCUGAGCUACAGUGACAAGGCCAGCGCCCUGCUCCGAGACAGCCUCAACCUGGGACCACACUGUCAUAGCUCCAGUUUAGACAAGGUUGUCCAGUUGCUGUUGUGCGAUCUGCUGCUGGUUAUGAGGACAAAUGUCUGGCGUCUGCAGCAACAAGGGGCCACUCCCACGGGGCAAGGCUCAGCGGGGACCAGCGGCCCUGCGGGCAUUCAGCAGGCCUCUCCACCAGAGCUCGUGGGCUUUCAGCAAGACCUCAGCUCGCUACGCAAAUUGGCACAGAGUUUCAGACCUGCGAUGCGAAGAUUGUUUCUCCAUGAAGCUACGGCCAGGCUGAUGGCGGGGGCCAGUCCCACCCGCACACAUCAGCUUCUGGAUCGCUCACUGCGGCGCAGAGCAACACCCGGAGCCAAGACAGAGGAGUGUGAGAUGCGGCCUGGCCAGCGGGAGCAGGCGGAGGCUGUGAUGCUGGCGUGCCGCUACCUUCCUCCAUCCUUUCUUUCGGCUCCGGGCCAAAGGGUGGGCAUGCUGGCCGACGCUGCCCGCACCCUGGAGAAGCUGGGAGACAAGAGGACCCUCCACGACUGCCAGCAAAUGAUCAUAAAACUGGGCAGCGGCACCACCGUCACCAACAGCUAGAGGGGAGGGGGGGUGCUGAGAGACACGCAUGGACGUUGUGUACAUAUAUAUAUAAAAACAUCUGUAACAUACAAAAUCACACAGACAGACAGAAGACAAAACCAUACAGUCUCUCUUUGGUGAGCAGCUAUCGAACAGAUUUGUACAGAUUCAUAUCAAACUGGAUUUUCUUCAUGCGUUGUCCCUCCCAUCACCCCAGUCAAACAACAAAGCACUUGUCGAGUUCCCACUCUUGUUGCUGCGGAUUAUUUAAAAAAACGAUUUUCCUCUUGUCAAAAAAAAUAAAAAAGAAUCACUUGGUGAGAGUGUUGCAGUGCCACAGUUUGCCCACAAAGAGGAGCUGUCGUGUCCUUCUAAUGGAAACUGGAGAGGGUGAGAAGUAUGAAAGUGGUUUUUGCCCUGCGUUUACUGGCGUAUCCCCACUCGCCCCACUUUUCUUUCUUUCUUUUUUUCCCGAUUAGCGGAGAGCUUAGUGGGCUGGAGUGGCGGGCUGCUCUGAUUGGUUGCAGAAUGAGGCAUCUGUGUGUUUGUGGGAGAAAAACGAGAACUUGGAUUGGUCUGAGUGCAUGGGCUUGUGUGGUGGGAAAGCACUAAACAGUAACUGUUGAGGUAAAUUUAAAAAAAACAAAACAACAACAACAAAAAAAAUCAUGCCUCACAAGCUGAGCCCCGUUUCUCUAUCUGCAUUAAGCCCGUGAGGCUGAUUUCAGUGAGAUAAGUAAUAUUAUGGCUUUAUGAGGUUAUUUUCAUAGAGGUCGCGUUUUGUUUGUUUUUUUCCUUCUUGUUUUGCUGUGUACAUAUUUUAAUAUGUAUUUAUAAUCUUAUGAUCUUUGAUCAAGCAGUAUUUUGCAUAAGAAGAGUAAUUUAAUGCCUGUUUUUCCUUUUUUAAUCUUGCUUUAUUUUGCAGUUUUAAACUAGGCGCCGCAUAUCUGGUUAUCUUGUGCAGUAUCAGGUUAGCGUUGCAUACCCAUGCGACUGUCGUAGGCACUGGUUAUUUGUAAAUCAACAGCUGAAGCUAAACAUGAGCUGUUGGUACAACUUUUUGUAGUUUGUACAACUACAAAAAGUUGCGUAUGUCAUGCAGAAGGUUUUGAAAUAAUUAACUUUUUUUCCUUUUGUUCCAAAGAAAACCUGUGAGAAAUCUUCUUUUUUUGUAGCUGUAAUGUUACUUUUUCUUUCAAUUAUUGCUUUCUUUCAUAGAGAAAGCACCAUGUUUUAAUUUUUAAGAGGAUUGUUUUGGGUUUUUUUUUUUUAACAAAUUUUUUGACAUGUCCCAGGACCAGUAUAUUUUUUUUAUAGCAUGUGACUAAUGUGAAAGACUGAAAAACAUGGGAUUAAGAUGACAGUGAUGCAACCAUGUCUGAAGGUAAUGUUGAUGUAGACCUUUCACUGACAUGCUUUCAUCUCUUCCUUGUUCUUCAUCUAUUCCUUUUCGUCAUGUAAAUAUUAAAAUAUUUUGUAAAGAAGAAA